AUGUCUGCACCAAAUGGAACUAACGGCGCUACCGCCGAAGUCGAGCCAGUUAAGAAGAUUAUGCUCGAGGGUAAAGUUAUUGCUAUAACUGGAGCCAAUAGAGGUAUUGGCCUCGGUGUUGCCGAAUGCUGUCUCGCAAACGGUGCCGCUAGAGUCUACUCGAUCGAUAUUGGCGACGUCGGCGAAGAUUUCGAGAAGAUUUCGAAAGAAUAUCCCAAACGAUUGUUCGCUCUCAAGGCCGAUAUUCGAAAUGAAGACGAGGUCACAACUGUAGUUGACAGAAUUGUCGAGGAAGCUGGCACUCUAAGUGGAAUGGUUGUUAACGCUGGCAUCACCAAUCAUAAAUCCGCUUUGGACUUCACAAAAGAAGAGAUUGAGAGACUUUUCAACAUCAAUCUCUUCGGUGCAUUCUACUGUGCUCGAGUUGCCGCCAGGACUUUCAUCCGCCUUGGAGUUAAAGGAUCAAUUGUUUUCACGGCGUCUAUGGCAUCGCACAGGCCCAAUAAGAGAGUCCCAUCCGCACCAUAUGGUGCUAGCAAGGCCGGUGUUCGGAACAUGGUCAAAACUCUUGCCUACGAGUGGGCCAAACAUGGCAUCAGAGUUAACUCCGUAUCCCCUGGUCUCGUCAAGACUGCAAUGACAUACUGGGUUCCCCAACAACCCGACUGGGAGCAGCAGCUUAAGUAUUAUGGUGGUAUCCCAAGGUUAGCUGAAGUCCAGGAGCUUGGAGGUGCCUAUGUGUACUUCCUCAGUGAUGCGGCUAGCUACACAACUAGUGUGGACUUACAAGUAAAUGGUGUUAUCGGAAACCCUCAUGUAUCGGAGUUUCGUGAAUAA